CGUCAAUAUGCUAUCAAUGAUUUAGCUGCGAAACAGUGGCUUUGGGCGCUCGCUAAUUAGUCUAGAUUCAGCCGCAUACAUGGGUUCUACGUACCAAGUUCACCUGGCCAUGCAUCUCUUUCUGGAUCGAGGCUAUGCACUGGAUGACCUGCUGACAUGCUGUUCUGGUGGCUGCAUGCUAUCUCUGGCCCUUGCGCCGAGGAGGGGUUGCCAUGGGGGAGAAAUACAGGCCAUGGGCACUAGGCUACAUGAGACAUUUCAACUACUUCCUACACGAUACCUUUGCUCUCAUCUUUAGCAAACAAGGAUAACAACUAUGGCUUCGGAGAUUGUCGUGGGCAUUGAUUUUGGGACUACGUUCUCGGGAGUAUCAUGGGCAAUCAACGGAAUCAACAAAGUCCACCUCAUCAAUGACUGGCCAAACCCUAUCGGAGACAACGCCCAGUCAGAGAAAGUGCCAACCAUCAUCUCGUACGCAGACGGAAAACCUCUUGAAUGGGGUUACAACGUCAACAUCGUAGGUACUGAACAAAAGUUCCAAUGGUUCAAAUUACUCCUCGACUCCAAACAGAAGCUGGGAGGAGGCUUGGUCGCACAAUCUCGCGAUCUCCUCGGAUCUCUCAACAAAUCGGCCGAAGACGUAGCCGCCGACUAUCUGCAGCUACUUUGGCAAUACACAAAAGAUCAUAUCCAGCGCGUUGAAGGGGAUACAUGGGAGACGAUAUAUAGUCUCCGAGUGGUUCUAACUGUGCCGGCUAUAUGGAGCCCAAUUGCAAAGGAAAAGACCCUGAGAGCUGCCAAAACAGCGGGCUUGCCGGCCAAUAUCGACCUGGUAUCGGAACCUGAGGCGGCCGCUUUGGCUGUUUUGAAGGAGAAAGACAAGGAAAAGAAGCUAGAGGUUGGCUCCUCCUUUGUUGUGUGCGAUUGCGGUGGAGGCACUGUGGAUCUGAUCUCAUACAAAAUCACUGGUCUCGGACCUUUGAAGGUAGAAGAGUGCGCGAUGGGUGAUGGUGAUCAAUGUGGAUCCGUAUUCUUAGACCACGCUUUCGUCAGAUGGGUCCAAACAAUUGUAGGUGAACGUGAGUACGAGAACAUAAAGCCCAAGGCCAAGAGAAGGAUGCUCCAACAAUUUGAGGCAGGUGUCAAAAGAUGUUUCACUGGAGACGACAAGGUAUACAGCGUUGAACUGCCUGGUGUUGAAGACAACAGAGAUUGUGGGAUUGACGACGAUACCAUCAGUUUAAAACCAAACGUACUUCGGACCCUAUUUGAUCAUAUCAUCAAUCAGAUAAUGGCGCUUGUGGACCGACAAAUCGAUGAAGCGCAAGAUAAGGGACAGAAUAUACAGGCUGUUCUCUUGGUCGGUGGUUUCGGAACCAACAAGUACAUCUACAAGCGAUUGAAGAACGCACAUCGCAGUGAUGGGAUUGAAGUCCUUCAGGUACCCGGCGGGUGGUCUGCUAUCUGUCGAGGAGCCACAUUAUGGGGUUUGGAACACUCAUCGCAUUCCGAGUUCACACCUGCUACGGUCUCAGCACGUAUCGCGAGAUUCAGCUAUGGCAAUCGCUGGGAUAUUCCAUUUGAUAUAUCGAAGGGGCAUCAAGAGAUAGAUCGCAAGAAGAGGCCAGAUGGCUGGUAUGCAGGAGACCAAAUGAAUUGGCUGAUCAAAAAAGGGGAUCGCUUAGAAGAAGGUCGUAAGAUUCACCUAUCGGUCGGCAUCGACGUCCAAGUCGGCUUCUUUGACUCGGGCCUACGUGCUUUCUCGCAGCAGCUAUGGUACUGUGCUCUUGACACGCCGCCCCAGCGUUUUAUUGAAUCUUGCGUCAAAGAACUCUGCUCGGUCGAGUAUGGCGUCGAAUGCUCCAAGUUGUAUCUAGAAUACUCAUGGAAGGAUAAGGAAACGAGGACGAAAUAUAGAACGGCAACAUUCGAUCUCACAGUGACGCUGAAUAGCGCCACAUUGCAGUGGUUGGUUGCAUACAAGGAUAAGCAGGUGGCGUAUACAGAGGCGAAGUACAAGGAGGACUAGAUCUGCGUGAUCAUUGGUGCAAACGAAACGGAAGUGGUGAAGCAGAGGUGGUCAUCUUACUCUCGAAGCAGUACCACAUAUCAUGAUAUACUUGUUUUUAUUGUCUGGUAAAUCGAAUGGGACUGGUGGAGCUCCACUCUUUCUGACGGCGCGCUGAACUGUACGACCAGUGUCAUUGCGAACUUGAGAUACACAGCAGCAUAAGUGAAGCCGAGUGUUUGGCAACACACUUCUCUGCGAUACAAUACAGUGUAACUCAACAACGUUGUGCCUGCG